AUACUGCGGUAGGAUCUGCGCCAGGCGACUCCCCGCCGAGCCCUCCGACAACCACCUCGGCUUGGAGUCGGCGGUGACUUUUGACGAGCGACUUCACCUCAUCAUGCGCGCAUGCACCGAACGGUGGUCAAGCUGCAACGACACCCCAGCAGCAGGCACCUAGCUACCCAUAUAUAGGUCCGCCGGCGCCAUGCUUCUUCCGGUGCAAGCUGCAAGCAGUUGCCGCGUACGGCGUGAUCUGCAGAAGCUGCAGCAGACCCGCGCGGCGGGCACCGUCGCAGCCGGCGUCUAUUGAUGCCGCUGCUGAUGUUGAAGACCAUCCUGGAGGGCGCCGUGGUCCGCAUCGCCGCUGCCGCCGCCGCCGAGGAGGACGAGGAGAACGUCGCCGCCACCGCCGCAGUGGAGGAGGAGAAUGUCACCGCCACCACUGCCGCCGCCGCCGCGGAGGAGGAGGAGGAGAAGGAGAAGGCGUGAGCUGUGUGCAGCGUAACUUACGGCGGCGGUACCCUGCCAAUGGCCCACGCCUUCCAGCAGCGGCACAGCAGUAGACUUAGUGGGCUGCAACCAGCGAGAUCGCAAGAUGGGAGUGACGAGCGUGUAUGUGUGCUUGCAAAGUGGUGUGCGUGCACGCAUGUCCUUGCUUGUGUGCGUGCCUUGUGUUUGGUGAUUGGUGCGGCGGGCACGCCGGCAGGUUGCGGUUUAGUGUGUAUGAAAAUGUGUCAUUUGUCUUAACGCCGGGUCACUACCUAGUGCCAGGCAACAUCAGCGAACAUGGAUGGUGUGGGGAGAAUGGAGCUGGCAAGAAAGAGUAUCAUGCCACCGAAGCUCACAAACAUUGCGAAGCAAGGCACUUGCUGUACUUUGUGAGCCGUGGCGCUAAUAAUGUAACCCACACACCACUCGGGGAAUGGCCGGGGCUUCAGGAACCCGACUUUUGCUUCAGGGCUGCUUCAGGGCUGCUUCAGGUGUACUGAACUGCCCCCUGAAGGCUUCAGGUCUGACACUGCCAACAGGCCGGAAGCACCAUAUAUGUACAGCGCACUGAAGCAUUUCUUGUCUGUAAUUUCGUCAUAUCACAUAUGUUAUCACAGGUUUUGCCAGAGAAUGGAGAAGAGGAUGCGCACAACAUUCACGGUCGCCUACCAUACGUCAACCGCUGGUCUCCGAUGUUAUAAUGAUGGAACUUUGUAACUUGAUCGCACA